UCACACAACUUGUCGGCUCCUAAAACCCUCGGACAAUCAAACUAGGUUUGGUUUCGAGUUCUUGCAAUUUCCCGAAGUAUUCAGAACAGAACAGAACAGAACAGCAAACUAAAGAUUUUCCUUUGCCCUGCCUGCAUCUCAAGAUGGAAUUCACUACCGCCGACGUGGAAAAGGUGUUUCUAUUCGACCACCUUUGCAAAGGAUGUGAGGCUCAGUACGCUAAGGAUCCUCUCGAUUCCGAUAAUUUGCUCAAAUGGGCUGGUUCGCUGAUUGAACUUGCUCAGUUCCAGACUGUUCCCGAUGCAAAGGUGAUGUUAAAUGAUGCUAUAUCCAAGUUGGAAGAAGUAUUGACAUUGAGUCCAGGGAAGCAUCAGGCACUUUGGUGUCUUGGCAACGCCUACACUACCCAAGCUUUUCUUUUUCCUGAUGCUGAUGUAGCCAAAGGUCACUUCGAUAAAGCCGUUGAUUAUCUCCAAAGAGCUGAAAAUGAGGAUCCAGGUAAUGGGAUAUAUCGCAAGGCCUUGGAUGUUGCAAUAGGGGGCCCGGAAAUACUAAUGGAGCUAAAACAGAAUGGAAUGAUGCAGCAGGCACUAGGUGGAGGAGGAGGAGGUCCCUCAGCUUCAUCAAAUGCUAGCGGCGGUAAGAAGGCCAAGAAGAAGAACAAUGACUUCACGUACAAUGUAUGCGGUUGGAUCAUUCUAGCCUGUGGGAUUGUUGCUUGGGUUGGCAUGGCAAAAGCCCUUGGCCCUCCACCACCUCCUGCUAGAUAAAACGCUUAGUAGUGUGACUGGCAUUCCACAAGUUUGCCGACCAGAUCAUGUACACCCCUCCAUAGAAUUGUUUUUCUUUACUUAGUUAUUAGUAUGUAUGUUUAUUGAUUUUGGAUUUUCCUGGCAUCUUAAUGCUUUUGUGUUUUGUGGCUCAAAAACACAAAGGUGUACAUGAACUAUAUAUGAGUUUUCUUAUUUAUAUAAGAUAAAUGAAUAGAGAAGUGGAGCUCUA